AUGACCAAGGGCGCCCUAUCCUCAGCAAGGGGCCAGGGUUCUGUGGAAAGUGCGAAUAGUGACAUUAAGGGUAUGUUAGUUACCUGGCUUGCAGACAAUAAUUCACUAGACUGGUCAGUUGGUAUCAAGUUUGUUCAAUUUCAGAAAAAAAAUGCUGCUCACCAUUCACGGAUACUGCGCUCUCCAUACUCUGCUAUGUUUGGUUGUGAAGCCAGAGUUGGCCUGACUUCUUCACCUCUACCCACAGAAGUUGUUUCAAGGUUGGAGAGUGAGGAUGAUCUCAUAGCAGUUAUGUCAGGAGAUAAUACAACAACAACAACAGGUUCUACUGAUACUUCAAGAUCACCAAGAAUAAUUCAGAAACGUAGAGUGGAAGCAUACAAAGGGCAGGUAUCCCAAGGUAAGAGAAUGGUCAAACGUAGUCGCUUAAACUUAAAAGUUGGUGAACCUGGUGACAAAGAUGCUGUCCCAAUUCGAGCUGUGGAUUGUGGUAGAGGAGAUCCACAGAAUAUCCUGGGUGUUGUUGUCAGCAGAGAUUUGGACAAUGACCAGUAUAAGAUCGCUGUAAAGUCGGGUUUUCUAAAGGAUCAGUAUUCGAGAAACCAGUUUGACUUCUGCCCCCAGCGUUUGCUGAUAGAUUACGUAAAUCGGGAUACUGCAGUGUCACUUCGAUAA